CCCUCCAAUUUUCUUACUGGAUUUCUUGCAAAGUGGAUAGAAUGACCCAAGGGUAGUAAUCUUCUCCAUUAGAUGCACUUUAAUGAUGCAUCUCCGGAAAAUUCCCGCACAAAUAAACUUACUCUUCCUAGUGAUUGGACUUGCAACAUCAAAGGACUGCUAUGAACUUCGUGCCACUAGACUCAUCUACAAUGUCACAAAUCCUUCAGCUGUUUCCGCUAGUUUCAAUCUAAACAAUAAAACGCAUAUGGAUAUAAGCAUCAAUGUGAAACGAAAAGCCGAAAAAGCCUUCAUUCACUUUAAAAUUCAUUUAUUAAAAGACCGAAUCCGUAAGACCGAAAUUUUCGACAAGAUUUACAAUAUCUGUGAACUUACGCGAAACAUAAUGUCUAGUUUUGCAACAAAGUAUCUUUUCAAAGAGAUGCAAAAAUUCUUCAAGAAUGGCAGACUUUGUCCCAUAGAAAAAACAUCUUUUACUGCUCAAGGUAUAGCUUUUAAUUCUGAACUAUUUCCACUGCAUUUAUUUUACAGACCUGGCUACCUGAUUGUAACUAGAUGUUCGCUUUCUGAAGAUAGAAAGUUCUUUAAAGAAGUUCUCUGGUAUGAAACGACUUUAAGGAUGCAUAAGAAACUCUGCUGA